AGAGAAAGACACAGAGUGAUAUAGAGACGGUGUAAUAGCUCAGUAUGUUAGUCGUGUUAAGAGUGUGAUAGAGAACAAAUCAACAUGGCUGAAAGGCUACCAUGGGGAUUGAAAACCGAAGGAUUAACGCCUGGCUCUGUCAAGGCAAUAUCAGAAAGCAAGCUAAAGGCUUUCAAUAUUGGUACUAUGAAUAUUGGUAAGAAAGGAUUGUCCAAGAAGGAACAGGAAGAAUUAAAGAGAAAGCAAGAUGAAGAAGCAACAGCUCAGGUUUACCAAGAAUUUGUUGCAUCAUUUGAAGACAGCACUAAGCACAAUAAAACUUGGAUCAAAGGUGGUACAGUUCAUCAAGAGAAAAAAGAAGAGUCCAAACCUGAAAAAGCCAAGGUCUACAAGCCGACAUCGAAGCUAGCAGAGCUGGCAUCUACAUUUCCAUCAGUGAAAGAGAUCAAGAAAGAGAAGAAGGAAGAGGCUGCUCCGGCCCCGCCGCCACCGCCUCCACCGCCCCCUCCUCCACCACCCGUAAGCACCUCGGCCCCUCUGCUGUCAUCACCUGAACAUCAUUCAAAGUCUCAUUUUUCAACUGAUACUCCAAAAUCACAGAAGGAAAGCAAAAGUCAGCAAAAUUAUUCCUCAAAGAAGAGAAAAGAUGACAAAAAGAAGAGCAAUUUGGAACUUUUUAAAGAAGAACUGAAACAAAUCCAAGAAGAAAGACAAGAAAGACAUCGAUUAAAAAAGCAGUUUCGGAAUAACACAGAAGAAGAACCUGAUGAACAACAUCCUCCACCCAGAUUCGAUCUCAGUUUAGAGACAAACACAAAUGCCCCCAGCCCUAGAAAUUCUGGGGAAAACUUCAACCGUUUGGGAUCUUAUGAUACCGGAGAUGAAUAUACAACUAACAUUUAUGUUGGAAACAUUAGUCCAAAGAUGACUGAAUUACAGCUAUGUGAGGUUUUUGGACGGUACGGUCCGUUAGCCAGUGUAAAAAUAAUGUGGCCAAGGACAGAUGAAGAACGGAACCGGGGGCGAAACUGUGGUUUUGUUGCUUUCAUGAAUCGGAAGGAUGGCGAAAGAGCUAUGAAUGCAUUGAAAGGAAAAGCAAUCAUGGGCUUUGAAAUGAAACCUGGCUGGGGUAAAGCUGUACCGAUUCCCCCAUAUCCUGUGUACAUACCACCUGCACUCAUGGAAAUGACUUUACCACCACCACCUUCUGGUUUACCUUUCAAUGCACAGAUGUCCCGGCGGAGUCGCGCCGACAAACUUUACGGGAAUGUCCCUCCACCUGGUUUGGACGGGAGCCGCUCUGGUGAUCAGAAAGAAGACAUGGAGAAGACUUUAGCCAAUGCUGUUGUGAAAGUGGUUAUCCCCACAGAAAGGAGUGUACUGUGUGUAAUUCACCGAAUGAUUGAGUUUGUUGUACGAGAAGGCCCCAUGUUUGAAGCUAUGAUCAUGAACAGAGAGAUUAACAACCCCAUGUUUGGAUUUUUAUUUGAAAACCAGAGUCCAGCUCAUACUUACUAUAGAUGGAAACUCUUCACUAUCCUACAGGGUGACUCACCUUACAAAUGGAAAACUGAUGAGUUCCGAAUGUUCAAAAAUGGCUCAAUAUGGAAGCCGCCACCAUUAAACCCUUACACUCAAGGUAUGCCAGAUGAAUUGGUGGACAGGGAUGAAAACCAGAUUAAAAAAGGGCAGCUAACUGAUAGUCAAAGAGACCGUCUUGAAGACAUGUUACGAGAAUUAACUCCUGAACGAACUAAAGUUGGAGAAGCAAUGGUGUGGUGUUUGGAUCAUGCUGAAUCUGCUGAAGAAAUUGUUGAAUGUAUCACGGAAUCCUUAUCUAUUUUAGAAACUCCAAUACCCAAAAAGAUUGCCAGAUUAUUUCUGGUGUCAGAUAUUCUGUUUAACAGCAGUGCAAAAGUACCCAAUGCAUCAUUUUUUAGAAAAUUUUUCCAAGCAAAAUUACCGGAUAUUUUCAAAGACAUUCAUGAAACCUACAUAAAGAUUGACAGUCGACUGAAGGCCGAACAAUUUAAGGUGAGUUGUGAGUUGUUUUCUCUUCGUUGUUUGUGUUUGAUGCCCCUAUCCAGUCAGUUCCCAUUUAGCACAGUCAAAUGUCUUCCAGUCACAUGCAUCAGUCAACCAGCCAGCCAGUUGUGUAAAGCUCGAUAUCACUCCAUUUUGACAGAAGUGAGCCACUCACUAAUGCACACUAACAUAAACACAUCCUAUGUGCAUGUGUGCCCAGAAACACUCACAUCUACACACACACACACACACAUCCACAAACACACACACACAUCCUCACACAACCACACCGAUCACACUGCUCACCAUUUCAAGCUACCAUUAACUCUUGAUUCCAUUGGUGUUUCCCAACUUGCCAUCCUACAGCAGGUAGUGGAACAGCCGGACAGCGAAGAAGAGCCAGAUCUGGAUGGUGCCCCCAUUGAAGACAUAGAUGGCAUCCCUAUUGAUGGCAUGCCAUUCAAAGAACCUGCUUCCAGUGAACUCGAUGGUAAACCUCUUGAUGUUGACUUGGAUGGUGACCCCCUAGUUGCUGAAGAUCUGGACGGCAUGCCCUAUAAAGGCGAAGAUAUUGAUGGGAAACCUUUAGAAGAGGAUCUUCAGGCUCAAAAUCAGGCCAAAUUUGCUCAAUCAAAGUGGGAAACGGUGGAUGAAGCUGAAUUGGAGGCCCAAGCCAUGACUACAUCUAAAUGGGAUCUGCUUGAUCAGCAAAGUGAUGGUGGUGAAGAUCAAAAGAGACAGAUGGAAGAAGAUCAAGAUGAUAUUGAUGGACAACCAAUGGAAGAUAUGGAUGACAUGUACCAAGAUGCUGGAUCAGACAGUGAAAACAUGAAUCAGGAAGAGAAUUCCAAUGUUGCAGAUACAUUCCACAAACAGAUGUCAGAAGAACGCAGGGCAAAGCUCCGGGAAUUGGAGGUAAAAGUAAUCAAAUACCACGAUGAUUUAGAACUUGGCCGGCGAACACGCAAAGAAGGAAUGUCUCUUCAAGAACAAGUCCAGUAUUAUAGGAAAAAAUUAAUUCACAAGGUGAUGAAGGGAAUGACAGACACAGCCAGCCCUUCUCGAAGUAAAAGCAAGCGAGCCUUCUCUCCUUCAUCUCACCGAUCCAGGUCCUCCAGUCCAAAAAAAUCCAAACGCUCAAAAAGUCCAAAACGGUCAAAGCACUCCAGGUCCAGAUCGAGAUCAAGGUCACCGAGCUCUAUGUUAGAUUCUCGUUCACCCAGUCGUCAUCGUCAUAAACACAAGAAAAAUAAACACAGAGAAUGAAAGUUUGCGUGUUAUCUUGUAAAAUGAAUUAAACGUUAUCUUGUCUCACCUACAUUAA